AUGUCUUCUUCUAUACCAUCCAAAAUGAAGGCCUGGAUUUACUACGAGUAUGGCGGGGUUGAAGUGUUGAAGUUCGAGUCCGAAGUUGCAGUGCCGGAUGUGAAGGAUGAUCAGACUAUUCCAGGCUAUGAUGUUGCUGGUGUGGUGGUUAAAGUUGGUAGUCAAGUAAAAAGCCUAAAAGAAGGAGAUGAAGUAUAUGGGGACAUAAAUGAGAAGUCAAUGAUACACGAACGACCAAAACGAUUUGGCUCAUUGGCUGAGUACACUGCUGUUGAGGAGAGGUUACUGGCUCUGAAGCCCAAAAAUCUUGAUUUUGCCCAGGCUGCUAGUCUUCCUGUGGCUAUUUUAACUGCCUAUGAAGGUCUUGAAAGUGCGGGAUUUUCUGCUGGAAAAUCCAUACUUGUAUUAGGGGGUGCUGGUGGAGUUGGAUCCCUUGUGAUCCAGCUUGCAAAACAAGUGUUUGGUGCUUCAAAGGUAGCUGCUACUUCAAGCACAGGAAAACUGGAAUUUCUGAAAAGCUUGGGUGCAGAUUUGGCAAUUGACUACACCAAGGAGAACUUUGAAGACCUUCAGGAAAAAUUCGACGUUGUUUAUGACGCUGUAGGGCAAGGAGACAGGGCAGUGAAAGCAGCGAAGGAAGGUGGGAGUGUGGUAGUUAUAAUUGGUGAAGCAGUACCACCUGGUUUUUUCUUUAGGCUACAUUCGGAUGGAGAAAUAUUGAAGAAACUAAAUCCAAUUCUGGAGAGCGGGAAGGUGAAGCCGGUGCUUGACCCAAAGGGGCCUUACCCUUUCGACAAGGGUAACAUAACCCUUGUAACCCUUGACCAACAACCAUCAGAACCUCUUAAAAUGUCUCGUGUUAGUGAAUGUUUUAUGGAGGAUUUCAAUUAUCGGCGGCUCGGGCAAUUCAAGGCCAUUGAUUCAUCCCCUCCUAUUAUUCCAGGCUAUGACGUUGCCGGUGUGGUGGUUAAAGUUGGUAGUCAAGUAAAAAGCCUAAAAGAAGGAGAUGAAGUAUAUGGGGACAUAAUUGAGAUGUUAAUGAUACACGAACGACCAAAACGAUUUGGCUCAUUGGCUGAGUACACUGCUGUUGAGGAGAGCUUACUGGCUCUGAAGCCCAAAAAUCUUGAUUUUGCGCAGGCUGCUAGUCUCCCUCUUGCUAUUUUGACUGCCUAUGAAGGUCUUGAAAGUGUGGGAUUUUCUGCUGGAAAAUCCAUACUUGUAUUAGGGGGUGCUGGUGGAGUUGGAUCCCUUGUGAUCCAGCUUGCAAAACAAGUGUUUGGUGCUUCAAAGGUGGCUGCUACUUCAAGCACGGGAAAACUGGAAUUUCUGAAAAGCUUGGGUGCAGAUUUGGCAAUUGACUACACCAAAGAGAACUUUGAAGACCUUCAGGAAAAAUUCGACGUUGUUUAUGACGCUGUAGGGCAAGGAGACAGGGCAGUGAAAGCAGUGAAGGAAGGUGGCAGUGUAGUAGUUAUAAUUGGUGAAGCAGUACCACCUGGUUUUUUGUUUAUGAUACAUUCGGAUGGAGAAAUAUUGAAGAAACUAAAUCCAAUUCUGGAGAGCGGGAAGGUGAAGCCGGUGCUUGACCCAAAGGGGCCUUACCCUUUCGACAAGGUUAACGAAGCUUUUGCUUAUCUGGAAACAAACCGAGCCACCGGAAAAGUGGUCAUAUUUCCUAUCAAUCCAUGA